AUGUCUACAUUUAAUAAACCAUUCGCUUCAUCCUCUCCAACGGAUCACCGAAGCGCGAUAUGGGUGUCAACCCUGCUGUGCUUGACAUUCGUCGCCUUGGGCGUUGCAGCGAGGGUAUGGACACGUUUAAGAGCCUUUGGAAGCGAUGACUAUGUCAUUGUUGGCGCAUUUGUCGUUGCUCUCGUGGAGUUCUGCACUGUUAUUGGGGGCUUGACACAUGGUCUUGGACGAUCAACGGGCGAGCUGUCUUCGGAUAGCGUAGCAUCGGCGGGACAGGUGUUUCUGGCCUCAGAAGCAAUCUUCGUCGUUACGAUCUAUGUCAUCAAGCACUCCGUGGUCUGCACCGUUGAGCGACUGCUCGCCCCUGAUCAGAAGCUCCAACGGAUGGCAUGUUGGGUUUUCCACGGUGUGCUUGUCGUGUGCUUGAUUGCAUCUCUGCUCGUGGUUGCGGUUGAUUGCUCAGCGAUCGACCUCCUGACGCGCAGCAGAUUCGACUCUUGUCCGAGCCAGACACCUCGCUGGAUCGCCAUAGCCACCAUCGACAGCACUCUCGAAGUCGCCGUCUUCAUCGCCUUCACAAUCUUCAUCUCCACCCUCCAACUCCAACCCAAGCUCAAAAUCACCGUCACCCUCCUCCUAGCCUUCCGACUCGGCUGCAUCGCCUUCGCCGCCCUCCACGCACAUCACAUCGCUGCCUUCGAUACCCGCUCCAACACACAGGACAGCGGUCUCGCAGUCGUCGGAUCCGUCGUCUGGCAGCAGCUGAACCUAGGCUACUCGCUUCUGUCCGCGCUCCUGAUAGCGUUGAAAUCCUUCCUCGCCUCCUUCGAGACGAAUCACGGCUGGGGCGAACACGAGACUUUCAAAGCGACGUCUGCUGGCCAAAGCGGGAAUGCUAGGGACGCGAGCGCUCUUUCGUACGGGAUGAAACCGCUCUCCAAAAGCGGGAAGAAGGGUAGUGUGCUCCGUUCUUGGGGCUCGCGCAAUGAUGACUCAGGGGAGAAGUUGGAUAGAAAUCGGGCGGGCAAGACGGGGUAUAAGGCGAAUGUGGAAGCGAGGGGAAAGGAGGAGCGGGAUGAUGGGAGUGUGGGGUCAGGCAGAAGUGGGAUCAGCCAGCAUCCGAUUAUUAGGUAUGAGCAGAGGUUUGAGGUGACGAGUGAGAGCAAGUCGGGGCAGGAGGCGCAGGUGUGA